GCCAUCGCCAGAAUCCUCCACCAUCCUCUUCAAUCCUUGCAUCGCUCCUCCCCAUUUGACUUUGGUCUGCCUCCAUCCCUCCCUCUCACUCCUCCCUCCCUCUCCCUCGUUCUAUCCCCCCUCUCUCUCUCUCUCUGCCGUGUGCACCGCGCAUUCAUUCGCACAUCACCCACGCUCGCGAGAGAGCGACCGAGAAGAGAGCUAGAGAGAGGAGAGGAAAGACGGGACCCCGUUGCAUUAUAAAGCCACCGGGAAGGGAGGAUAAAAACCCUAAUCUGCGAUAGCCUAUAUUUUCACACGCACACACAUACACUACCGUUAUCACCAUCAGCAUCAGCAGCAGCCUCAUCAGCGUAGGAAUAAUCAUCGUAAGAAGCAAUUGGUAAGAGCGGGAGCACGGGCAGAGAGAGAGAGAGAGUCGGGGUGCAGAGACGCAAGGACGUUCUGUGUCGCGCGCAUCACCGCGGCCAGAGAGCGCACGUGUGUCGAGUGAGAGGAAAGAAGAAGAGAAGCGGAGAGAGAGACGAAGGGGAGAGAGAGAGAGAGGGGGGAGAGGGGAGAGGGACACACGCAUCUGCUGCCUGAGAGCGGUUGCCUCGCCGGAGCCAACGGGAGAUUAUGACCGGAACUUCGGAUGAAUCUCCGUCGCGGAGCGGCGCACCUGAGCCGGAGGUGGAUGAGGGGGAGGCCCCACAGAGGAACUGGAAGGGCAUCGCCAUCGCUCUGCUCGUCAUCAUCAUCGUCUGCUCCCUUAUCGUCACCUCCGUCAUUCUGCUCACACCCGAUGAAGACCCGAGUUUGAUCCACGCCAAGAUCACUCUGCAGGACAUCUUCAGCGAGGACUUUGUGGCACGUGAUCCCCGUGCCGCGUGGCUGAGCGACAAGGAACUCGUGUACAGAACGGCUCAAGGCCACCUCGUCAUCCAGGUGCCCGGAGCCAACAGCAGCUCGUUGCUCGUCGACGCCUCCGUGCUCCAAAACGGCAAGGUGACGAGGUUCCAGGUGUCUCCCGACCGCAAGUACGUGCUCCUGGAGCACAGCACGGUCCAGACGCCUCGGUACCUCCUAUCUGCCUCCUAUACCAUCUACAACGUGCACAGCAGGGAACUCCAUGAGCUGAAGGUUCCAGGAGGCUCGGAGGGCUCCCUGCAGUUCGCCGGCUGGGGCACACGCGGACAACAGCUCGUGUACAUUUACAAGAACAACAUCUAUUACCAGCACAACGUGCGCAGCCCGGCCAUCCCUCUCACCACCUCGGGCAAGGAAGUCUCCGUCUACAAUGGCAUCACAGACUGGCUCUAUGGCGACGAGAUCCUGCACUCCCCCGUGGCUCACUGGUGGUCACCGGACGGCGCCCGCCUGGCGUUCGCCGAGAUCGACGACUCCAGCGUGGCGACGACGGAGAUCCCGCAGUAUACGGGGACACUAUACCCGGCGCCGCGCCACCACCCCUACCCCAAGGCCGGGCAAACCAACCCCACCGCCCGCCUCUUCAUCAUCAACCUCUUCGGGCUGCCAGUGGAGCACAUCGUUGAGCUGCUGCCCCCCGAGAUGCUGCGCUACCGGGAGCACUACUUCACGAUGGUGCGCUGGGUGACGGGAACCCAGGUGGCUGUCACGUGGGUCAACCGGAGGCAGAACCUAUCGGUGCUCACCGUGUGCGAAGCCACCACUGGGGCAUGCAGCGAGAGAUACCGUGAAGCGUCGGAGGCCUGGCUGCCCAGACAGGGUGAGAAGCCGCUCUUCUCGGCAGAGGGAACGCGGUUUUUCCUGCCGCUGCCGGUGAAGCAGGGCGGCCGUGGAGACUUCUACCACCUCGCCAUGUUCACCACGCAGGAGCGAGGAGGUCAGGACGUGCGCUAUCUCACUUCUGGGGACUGGGAGGUCACGGAGAUCGUGGCGUAUGAUGAGCAGCUACAGAGAGUGUACUUCAUGAGUACCGAGGAGUCGCCCCUGCAACGGCACCUGUACAGUGUGGACCUACAGGGCUCGUUCCACCGCAGCUGCGAGUCGUGCAACCUCGUGCCCAACUGCAGCUACUUCUCGGCCCUCAUGAGCCCGGGCUGCGGCCAUGUGAUGCUGCACUGCCUGGGCCCGUCGGUGCCUCGCUUCACGGUGCACAGCCUCCUGGAGCCGCGUGACUUUGUCGAUCUGGAAAGCAACGAGGUUCUGCGAGCGACCCUGGCCGCCAAGAGGCUGCCCACGAGGCGCUACCUCAACUUCGCUCUGGACGAGUUCGGAGUGCAGGUGCAGUUGGACCUGCCCUCUGGCUUCACGGAGGAUGGGUUCUACCCCCUGCUUAUGAUCCUGGAGGGCUCCCCCGGCGAGCAGGCGGUGAGCGAGCGCGCCGCGUCGCGCUGGGACUGGGCGCUGCACAUGGGCGAGCACCCGGCCGUGCUGGCGCGCUGCGACGUGCGCGGCAGCGGCGGGCGCGGCAGCGAGUUCCUGCACGCGGCGUACCGCCGGCUGGGCAGCGUGUCGCUGCGAGACCACCUCUCCGCGAUCCGGUUCCUUUCCACUUUACCCUACAUAGAUUCAAGCCGCGUAGGUGUGUAUGGAAAGGGCUUCGGGGGCUACAUGAGCGCCAUGCUGCUGAGCGCUGGCGAAGGCCUCGCCCGAUGUGGAGUCGUGGUGGCGCCGAUCACUGACUUCUCCCUCUAUGCCUCCGCCUUUUCCGAGCGAUACCUGGGGAUCCCCUCGCGCGACGGCAAGGCCUACAAGGACGCCAAUCUCCUGCCGCACGUGGCCCGCAUGGUGGACGGGCGCCUCCUGCUGGUGCACGGCACGGCCGACGACAAGGUGCAUUUUCAGCACACGGCGGAGCUCAUUACUCACCUCAUCAACGCUGGGGCCAACUACACACUCCAGAUCUUCCCGGACGAGGGCCACACGCUCCUGGACAAUCACUCGCGCCGCCACUUCUACCGGAGCCUGCUCAAGUUCCUGGACGACUGCUUUGAGCCGGCCGUCGUGCUCAUCACCUACCACGACAAGGGCGACGAUGACGAGGAGGAGGAGUAACGACGAGGAGGAGGAAGGGGAGGAAGUGACACGGAGGGCCGAUGGCGGGAGGCGAGGGGCGAGGGGGCGGCGUGGAAGAGGGGCAUUAGGAUGAGUGAUGGCGAUGGAGACAAACAAGUAAUGACUGCACGGUUGUGAUGAGGGAGAGGAGGGAUCGGGUUGUGGAGAAGUGGUGGUGUUGAGUGGCACGGAGGAAUAGCGAAGAGUGAUGGGCUAAGGUGUGACGGGGUGAGUCGUGAUGGGGUGAGGUGUGACGGGGUGUGGUGUGAUGGGGUGAGGUGUGAUGGGGUGUGGUGUGACGGGGUAGUGUUUGUAGUUAUGAAGAGGACGCAUGGAAUGUAGAAAGAUUCACAGUUUGCAGUCAUGAAUAGGGGACUGACUGUGGAGCGACUAAGAGCACUCACAAGUAUUGACGGGGAGUGUCGCGGAGAGGCUAGGAGCGUUGACGAGUGUCGAUGCGGAGCGAUGGGACCGCAGGUGGCACGGAGUCAUCCACUGAUGCAUUCCUGUGAUUGCCUCAAUUACACCCUUCUCCAAAUUUCAACCCCGAGCCCCUGUCCCUUGAUCCUUAUCCACGUGCAGAGAGUCCCACGUGGGGUGGAGUGGAGCGGCUGCUGCUGCUGCUGCUGGUGAUGCGAGGAUGGCUUUGUCGGUGGGCGGUAGAGUUUUCCGAAUGACUCAUUGUCUCUCUUUAGAGUUUUUUGUGAACUACAUCCCGGGAUCUUGAACACCCACUGUUAAUCAGACGGCAACGUAUUAUCACAGUUAGUGCACACUGCAGCAAUAACCAGGGCCGCCUUGCCAGCGUCUGCGAUGAGUGAUAUCCGAACCAGUACUGAGCUCCAACCCCUCACCCCCUCACUUCACCGAUCCGCACUCAACCAGCGCAUUGAAGUGCGCUCGCUUUAAAAAAAAAAACACCCGUGACCAUCAGGCUUUAGAGAUGCCUCUGUCCGUCAGUGGAUCGGCAAAUACUGAAAAUGACUAUAUAAUCUUAUACCCCCACACACACACACACUUCGUCACGUGUCAUUAUACCGGUUCCCCCUUUCUGACCCGCCACCCUUACGGCCGCAGGGGUAGAAGGGGAGAGGAGGUUGUGGGAGGGACAGAGUGAGACUUUCAGAGUCCCCAGAGCCUAAUGGGCACACCGGGGGUGGGGGGGGUGGGUGGAUAGAGCACAGACGGCUCGGGCUGGACAAGCACAGCCCGGGAACGUCCGGUCACGGGAGCGAGGCAGAGGGCUGCUGGCCAAGUGUCACGGCAUCGUCACUCCCACGCGCCGUUACGAUGCCACGGCAUAGGGUAUAACUGUUCACACGCGCCACCUACGUAUUCUCUAUGUAUAUAUAUACAUAUUUACACAUAUGCGCGGGCGUGGCUGUUCGUGGUUUCGAGGGGGCGUUUUGUAGCACUACUCGAUUGAUCUUUUGGACGGGCGCGACGGUCGUCGAUGCGGAGCCUGGUAAAACAUGCCCACGGGCAACGGGUACACCUCAGGGUUGCCACCUUGUCCGCUGGAGAGAAGAAAACCCGGACAUACUUCACACUGGGUCAGUGAUCAGAUCUGUGCCGCAGUCUCCUGCAAUAAAGUUCGUGCACGGCAACGCCGGUAGCAGAUCCUCGCUACAAAUGAAUUCCUGCGCCCGAUGAGUGGUAUGAAAACGUGGCAGUUUACCGUGACGAAGUUCAAGAAAAUGUCCAGUAGCAGAUCCUCGGUACAAAUCAAUCCCUGCUGCCACCAAAUGACAGCUGUCAAUUCCUGGACUGUCGGGGUCAAUCCCAGGUCAGAGCCAGCCAUGCGGCAACCCAAGCGUAUCCACUGCGUCUCGACGCAAACGGCGGCGUUCGCGGCUCGCAAGCGCUUCCCGUGCACGUCGUCGUUUCGCACAAACGAGGAGAGGCUUUCGGCACUUGGGUCGCGCAAAUAUUUUUUUUAUCUUUUUGCCGACGGUUAUCAGUCCAUGCCUGGUGGGUUUUUACUCGGCUCUGCGUCUUUUGUCAAACGACGACGACGAUGAUGAUGAUGAUGUUGACUGAAAUAAUGUUGAUCAACAUUCAUGGCAACUGACGGUAAUCAUUCUUACGCAGGCGCAAUGAUCGUCGGUGAUGAUGAUGGUGGUGUUGGUGUAUGACAGGUGAAAGUAAUAAGUUCAGUAAUUAAAGAUCUCCAACAGACGGUGCAUAUUUCAAUUUAAAACACCCAAUUAGGGUGACAGCAAAUACAUAAGUGAAUAAAAUCAGCCUUUGGAAGCGUUAUACGUCAACUCUAAUUCACAAUGUGAAUCGAGAAUGACGAUGGGCGACACAACCUCUUACCGUAUUCUCCAGAUUAUUAGAUCCAAUCUAUUUCCCCUGUAUUUUAAAGCAAAACGUUCGCGAUGCGUCCUGAUAAUCUAGCUUUUCAGAGUCACCUUCCGGAAUUCAGUUCUCCAUAGCAAUACAGCGACCACCAAGAGGACAAGCAGACGACACCACGGGCUGUGCGGACUCAUCUUCCCGACCUCCCCAUUACAAAGCAGUGCGUUCAUAAUAAUUCAUUUGUCCAUGCUUUGUGGCUCAUUCAUGUGCUCCAAGCUGCAUGGCUCAUUCGUAUAUUCCACGCUUCGUGGCUCAAUCAUAUACUGAUCCAAAAAAAGUCGUGGGUUGCAUCUUGCUAACGCGGAGAGUACCUGGAAAUUCGCCGCUUUGAUCUUCGUGGGGUAUGUUUCAUUGGCGAAUCGACGUUUCCGUUGGAGGCCUUUUAAUUACUCACUUUCUCGUUGCUUGCGCCUCUCUCUCUCUCUCGUGGCGGUGUGUGUAAUGUAAGCAAUAGGCUCCAGCUACUUGCGAGCAGGGGAAGGGUGAUCGGGGGGGGGGGGGUGUUCAACAAGCGGGCGUCAACUUCGCGUUGUGACCUUUCGCAGAGUGUACCCAAACACGUGGCCACGGCUCCUCUGCACCUGAUUGUCCGGAGGCUCUCUGGAGGUUUACGAUCACGUUGGAACCUACCCAGAACCCCUCCUGGGUUCGCUAACCCUUGCAUUGAUGGGGGGGGGGGGGAUAAGCGGGUGCCACCGUCAUUGCAUGGGUGGAGGGUGACGCCAGGUAUUUACCAGUAACUUUCUCGUGACAAAUGAGCGUACCUUGGCAAUGGGACGCUGUAGCCAAGAGAGUAGGAGACCAAGCAGCCUCGCGUAAAAGGAAACGGGUUUUAUUGCCUAGCACAGAUGAUGAGUAUAAUACAGUUUCUUAGUCCAACUUUUAAUUUGUGGCAUGCAUAUUCAAUUUGAGGUUGCAGUGGUGCAGGAAUCACAGCACUGCUAUGAACCCUGGUGACCUGAAUUGGAUUGGUGACUGUGACUAAAAUGAGUGGCGAGUGAUAUUCGAACCAUUCCUGACCAUCGCUUGUCAUGACCAAUCCACACAGAGCCACCGACCGUGGUGAAAAAAAAGUCCAUUACCAACACAAUACAAUUUCAACAUUAUAUAGUAUCUAAUUGCAACCAAAUCUCGAUAUGCUGUUACACAACAGUUGUACAUGAAAAUCCUAUGGAAAGGAGUAACAUUGAUUUCAUGACUAAAGAAGCAGACUCUUGAUUUUAUACCGGAAGAAUCUGAUUAUCUUUGGAGCUCUUUUUGUCACAGAUGUUCAGCAGAGUUUGUCAGAGGAAGGGAGGAAGAUUUUGAUCCUGGACUUGAACAGUGGCAAGGAGGGGACAGCACAGGUGGCUGGGGGAAGGAAGUUUCAUAGUUUGAUGGCAACACAGGCAAAAUAGCGACCUCGCACUGAGCGAAUGUCGAUUUGAGGCUUCAGCAGAAAGCAAUUGGUUGCAGGAGCGGAGUGUGCAUGGAUGAGAGGAGAGUGGGCUGAGAGGGAAGGUGGGCCGGGAAGGGGGUACCUUGAGGGAAGAAUACCUUGAAGAUGGUCAAUGUGAUGAUCUCGUUGAUGUGCGAUUGUAGUGUGAGCCCAGUCGGAGAAUCGUGGUGAUGUCGUCACGUGAUUGCGGUGCGAGUGAGAAUUCUGGAAAGCGUCAUAUUGGGUCGUCUGGAAUGUUGCGGUGAGGGGAUCGUGGGGGGCGAACGUAGAAAGAGUAAGGCAUGGACAAGGGUCUCGGCAGCAGACCAAUGGGAGCUUAGAGGGGGAGGAGGAGCUUUGACUGGCCAUUAUAUAUGACGGAGAGUUCAAGGUUGAAGCUGUGUGGAGGAAGAAAGGAGAGAGAUGCCCAAUGGAAUGGGUUAACAAAAGGGGGGGGGGUACAUAUUGUAUUUGGUUCAUUUUGUAUUAUUGAAUUCACGUUAGACGAGUAAUUAUCACGAAAUAAAGUUGUCUUUAACUUUCAAAUCAACCUCUAAACUGUUAACAUCGGAAGGUUAAGCGAAGGGUCCUCUUCUGUCUCAUCCCCUCAGCUGCAGCGUCUCUCCACUACAAUUGAAUCAUCAUUGAUUGGUUUUCGACAGAAACAUUUACUUGUGAUUCAUAUAUUUUACUGUUGACUUGAAAUCAGCUCAUUCCGUAAUGUAUCUAGCAUCUCCUGCGUCGGCCACGUGCAUUUAAUAGUUGGUGGCUCUAAAGUCAUUUGCUUUGUUUAUUUUGUUGAGCCACUGAGAACUCGAAGGGCAGCACUGAUUGGUCUGCCAGGUGAGAGGUCUCCUUUAUGCUGCUGUCGCUAUUAUUAUUAUCUACUGAAUAAAUUCAAACCUUAAUUUUCGUUGGUCUGAAAAGCAGCUACGCCCAACUCGCAUGCGAUUGGCCGUCAAGCAGAGCCGCCAUAUCUACUUCUCACGUGAUUGGUCGGCGGGUGUCGGAUAGCCACACCCCCAACGUACGUGUGAUUGGCCGGCAGUCCACUUAACAGCGCACGUCAUAGGCUGUGCAUACCUAGCAGCCAAUCGCAAGGGAGUGGGCACAAUGACCUCGCCAGCCAGUCGCACGUGAUUGGAUGUCACCGCGAUUUGUUUUGUGCAAUUUGUAAACGUGCAUGAGGGGAGGGAUGGGGGAGGGUGUUCUCUAUGCGGGGGGGCUGCCUCGUUUUUUGGUGCACUUUGUAAAUGUACAGACUUAUGGGGGUGUUGGGUAAGACCAGUUCCGAAGGCCGUUAUGUAGAAUACGCUGCGGUGGAAAUGUAUGGGAAUCUGGUCCACACUUUGCGAUUGUCCGGGUGACAAAAGAGCAACUGGCACAAAGAUCGUCGCUCUGUCGGUGCUCUCACCACAUCUCGUGCUGUUUCGGGUGAAACAGCACGAGAUGUGGGUGUGACGAUCAUCAUCACACACACGUGGUUAUAUGGCCCCAUGCCGGUGUCCAAAUGCUAGCUACACUUUAAUCGCGCAAGUAAUUGCAUCACGCAUUGUUCACUACUGAUUUAUUUUUGGUCAAGGCACCCUCCGCGACCCGCCAUAGCCAAACGGGUGAAAUUGUCACGUGGCGUACGAGCGUUUAAGAACGUGCCGAGGGUUUUUGUUCUUGUUUCAGCUCACCCACCGGUAAAGUUGAAGGACAAUACUCACUCCCGAAUUGGGCAAUUGGAGAAUUGCGCUUCAUCGAAACCGGUGGGGUGGGCGAGCUGAACAAAUUAUAAUUGGCCCGUCGUUAAACGCGUGUAUACCAAACUUGCUUUGUAUGCCGCGUGACGAUGUCAUUCGUUUGGCUGUGUCGGGUGGCGGAGGGUCUCGCGCUAGAAAUAUGGGCAGCUGAUGACUGCGUGACCGAACCCAGAAGCGAAUCACCACUCUCGAAUAUUUGGCUGCGAAAAACCCCACGCUUUAUUAAGUCACGCCAAGUGCGUUAUCGAUCCCACGUGGCUUCCGCAGGCUGACAAAACCUCUUCGGAGGCCUCUCGAGUGUGAGUUGUCGUUUCGAAGGGGCAACAGCCGAAAGGGCAACAGCAGAAUGGGACAACAACCAAGGAUGGGUAUUGCCUUGUGGUUGCGCCGCGCUGCGCUCGGUCACGUUGUGUGGACCGGCUUCAUCAAAGGAAGGAAGCCUGAUAAAAAAAUAAAAUGACACACGCCAUACACGUUACUCUACACAUUGUGAAUAUACGGCCCACGGAUAUCACACAAGGUGUAUCGUCGCGAUGGUUUUCCAGUCCAUUUGUAUUAAAGGAAGAUACAAACCAGA